AUGGCUAACAACUCCCAUGGUGAAGACAAAUCUGGAGGUGGUAAGAAGUUGCUCAACUCAAGCAAAAGUGUUGAUCAUAGCCAGAUGAAGCAAGCGGAUUCAGGGAGUGGCAGCCAAAAGGUGGCCGCGGUAGCUGCUAAUGGUGGCAAGAAGCUGAAGAGAAACACGGGUGGUUUUCGGAUAAAGAGAGAGAACAACCAGGAGAGUGACGGUGAAGACAAGAAAGGAACCGGAGAUUUGCAAUCAAGUGAUCAUGCUAAACAUUUAUGGACUGAGAAAAAGAGGAGAAAAAAGAUGAAGAAUAUGUUUCAAGAACUUCAUGAUUUACUCCCUAAACAAACUCCUAAGGCAAAAUUGCUUACAAUAGUGGAUGAUGCAGUAAGCUAUAUCACAUACUUGCAACAGAUCCUCCAAAAGCUCGAGACUCAGAAGCUAGAGAGGUUCAGUUCUCCAUCAACAAACACCAGUGUCACUUCAUUGAUUCAUCCACACAAGCUUAUUGCUGAAUCGUUUUUAGCCAAUGGGAGUUCAUCAACCGGUCCCUCACACAACGCAUCGUGUCCCAAUUUUGGCCAGUUUUCCUUCCCUCUGUGUUCAAAACCAGGUUUUCAAACAUGGGCUUCGUCUAAUGUCGUCUUGAAUGUGUGCGGUCCGGAUGCACAUAUAAACAUUUGUUGCUCUAAGAAGCCUGGGUUGCUUACUGCUAUUUGCACCGUGUUGGAAAAGUGCAAAGUAGACAUCAUUUCCGCUGAUAUUUCUUCUGAUGAGUCUAAAAGCAUGUUCAUGAUUCAUGCUCGUGUGAAUGCUCCUGAUGAUUUGGUGGCAGCUUUUUCUUAUGAAGAGAUAUACAAGCUAGCUGCACUAGAGAUAAUGUUUUUGGCUAACUCAAUGGUUCAAAACCAACUGAUUGUGAAUACUAUUGUGUGGGACGAGUUUGAGAAGUUUUCUGACGAGGACGGGAAUGCUAAGGUGAAUGCUCUUGAUAAUUUGGUGGCGGCUUUUUCUUAUGAAGAGAUAUACAAGCUAGCUGCACUAGAGAGAAUGUUUUUGGCUAACUCAAUGUGCUCAUAG